AUGGGAAAAUUGGCUUCAGGAAUUAAAAUAGUAUUUGAAUCACUCAUCACGCUUCUCUCCACAUUGGAAGAUACACAUCUCAUUCUCUUAAAACUUAAGAAUCUACCGGACGACAACACUGUUCAUCUCUAUGCAAUGCAAGCAUAUGUUUCAGAAGGAUUCAGUAAAAUUGGAGAGAAGAAACACGGAUAUGCAGAAAUUUCUAGUAAGGGGCUCGCGAUCGGGACAAGGGCUUACUACGGGUUCCGAAAGCUAGAACACCAUUUCUACUAUGUUAGAUGUGGUGAUCCGUGGUGCAGUGCUCAACGCACCACACUAUUGCCCGCGGGUUCGAGUCCCACAGGAGUCCCAAUUUUUUUUUGA